CCUAGUCGACGGCCCCCAGCUGCCGGGCACCACGGCCGUCAGUCGAGACGGCGGCCGCACUGGAGGAGGAGCUCGCGGCGGGGGCGUUGGGACAUGGGCGCCCUUUUAACUGUCUGCUCUGUCGGGAGCCUGGUAUCAUGUCUGUGCAGCAGUGCGCCUUGUUUGCUAUGCAGCUGUUGCCCCAAUUCCAAGAAUUCUACAGUAACCAGAUUGAUCUACGCAUUCAUUUUGCUUCUGGGCACCCUUGUGGCGUGUGUUAUGCUGGCACCAGGAAUAGCAAUACAACUAAAAAAGAUUCCAGGAUUUUGUGAAGAUGGCUUUGGUACUCAGCUUCCGAAUGUUCAUGGGGCGGUGAACUGUGAUGUCUUAGCUAGUUACAAGUCAGUUUAUCGUAUAUGCUUCGGAUUGGCUGUCUUCUUCUCUCUUUUCGCUCUGCUUUUAAUCAAUGUAAAAUCGAGCAGAGAUCCCAGAGCAGCAAUACACAACGGAUUCUGGUUCUUCAAAGUAGCUGCCGUUAUAGCUAUCAUAGUGGGAGCCUUUUACAUCCCUGAAGGACCUUUUACAAAAGCUUUGUUUGCCAUCGGAACAGCAGGUGCAUUCUGCUUCAUAUUAAUCCAGCUAGUUUUACUGAUCGACUUUGCUCAUUCUUGGAACGAGUCAUGGGUGGGAAAGAUGGAGGAUGGCCGCUCCAAAUGCUGGUAUACAGCUUUGGUCUCCAUUACCAGUCUGAAUUACAUCCUGUCGUUCAUUGCAAUUGUGCUUUUCUAUGUGUUUUACACCACACCUGGAGGAUGUAUUGAGAACAAAUGCUUCAUUAGCUGCAACAUGAUCUGUUGCAUUGUUCUAUCUGUAAUUUCUAUUCUUCCAAAAAUACAGGAAGUGCAGCCUCAAUCUGGUCUCCUUCAGUCCUCAGUCAUUACGCUGUACACCAUGUAUCUCACCUGGUCUGCCAUGUCAAAUGAGCCUGAUGGAGAAUGUAACCCUAACUUUAUAGGCCUUAUUAAAAACCUGGUCAUUCCCGUCAAUAGAACUGCAUCUUUGAGCAUUGCUCCUUCCUCUUCACCUGGACCUCCGACCGCAGUGCAGUGGUGGGAAGCACAGAACAUUGUGGGUCUCGUCCUCUUCAUCCUGUGUCUGUUAUACUCGAGCAUUCGUACUUCAAACAACAGUCAGAUGAAUAAACUGUCGUUCUCGACCAGUGAAACUGUUGUGUUGGAUGACUCGUUGUCUGGAGUUGCCGUUGAUGACCAGGGAAAUGGCAAAAGAGUCCAGGACAAUGAACAGGACGCGGUCCAAUACAGUUAUUCAUUCUUCCAUUUCAUGCUUUUCCUGGCUUCUCUCUAUAUAAUGAUGACGUUGACAAACUGGUACAGCCCCGAUGCUGACUACAAGACAAUUACAAGCAAAUGGCCGUCCGUCUGGGUGAAAAUCACCUCGAGCUGGAUAUGUCUCCUUUUAUAUCUGUGGACGUUGGUGGCGCGUCUUGUUCUUACCAACCGUGAUUUUGACUAGCAUGGUGCAUUCCUGUUCCACAUUGAUUGCUGAAUUAAACAAAGUCCAACAAACAUGAAACCAAAGGGCAUGGCGCUUUUUUUAAAAAGAAAAGCAUUGAGUUUGGAUGAUCGUUCAGGGGGCCAAUGCACAAAAUCAUCUUAACAAAUAAGAAAAAUGCUUUUAGCCUUAAAGUUAGCUCCAGAUGAUUAAUAUGCAUCCUUUAAAAAAAAAAGAUAAGUGAUGAAAGCAUUAAAACAUUUUUAAUUUAGCUUGUCUUUCAUAGAUUUUAAGGCAGUAUUUUCUACAAGCUCCUUUCUGACUACUGCAAUGUGCUUAACAUUGUUGUUUUCUUUAAGCUUUCUGUAACGUUGGAUACAUCCAUGCUCUAUUUAGCCUUUGUUAUAAAUUGAAGCCUUUAUUAAUGCAUAAUUGACAUGAUUUUUGCGCAUUAUGUAAGUUGAACAGCUGUUAUUGGUAGUAAACAUGUCAUUCCUCUGAGCCACAUGAGCUUCACUAAAAAGCAUUAAAUAUUGUCUCGGUUGGUAUUUAAUGUGUUUUUUAUGGCUGAUAGUGGGCAUGAUGGUUGGAAAUGGGCCAAUAAGAUUAAGCAGUGUGUCUUGGGCUGCAAAUGAAGCCUCGUCCAAAUAAUCUUGUCUUUAAAGAGUUUAUUAAUUCUAUGAAAAAGAGGAAUGCUAAAAUAUUCUAACCAAAGUUGUAUCAUUAAAAUUAUGAUUAAAAUACUAGAAAAUA